GCGGGGCCGCGGCGCGGGGGCGGGGCCGCGGUUGUUGUCGAGCGGCGGGACGUUGCCGGUGCGAGGCGGCGGUUGCCGUUACCCGCCGUUUGGAGCGUUGGGCUGAGGUAAACGAGCAGGUGCCCGCCGCUUCCCUUGGGCACCGCGGCACCGUCCUCGCUCCUCCGCUCCCGCAGGCGAUGCGCGGUGCCGCGGCGGGAGUCACGGAGUGAAAGAAGCGAAGCCGUUGCCGUCGUUGUUGUUGUCCUCCCCCUUUUCUUCCACCCGCGGCUCCCCACCCCGCAAACGGCGACAUGGGCGAGUGCGGAGCCCCCGGGGACGUCAACUCCAACGUGCUCAUCGCCCCCAGCACCGGCGACGCGCAGCUGGACAAGGCGGUGUGGCAAUGGCUGAGCUGGGACAAGAACCAAAAAACAAAAGAACAGAUUGAAAGCUUGUUACAGAAUGGAAAGCACAAAGAGCUGCGGGAUCGCCUCUGCUGCAGGCUCACCUUUGGGACCGCCGGGCUCCGCUCUGCCAUGGGAGCUGGCUUCUGCUACAUUAAUGAUCUUACAGUGAUCCAGUCCACACAGGGGAUCUACAAGUAUCUUGAGAGGUGUUUCUCAGACUUUAAGCAGAGAGGCUUUGUUGUUGGAUAUGACACACGAGGUCAGGUGACCAGCAACUGCAGCAGUAAGAAACUUGCAAAGCUCACUGCUGCAGUCCUGCUGGCUAAAGAUGUACCUGUGUACUUCUUCUCCACCUAUGUCCCUACUCCCUUUGUGCCCUAUGCUGUUCAGGAGCUCAAUGCUGUGGCUGGUGUGAUGAUCACAGCAUCCCACAACCGAAAGGAGGACAACGGGUACAAGGUUUACUGGGAAAAUGGAGCACAGAUCACCUCUCCUCACGAUAAGGAAAUCAUCAAGUGUAUAGAAGAGUGUGUUGAACCAUGGAAUGGCUCUUGGAAUGAGAAUCUAGUAGAUACCAGUCCCCUUAGACAGGAUCCUCUGAAGAAAAUCUGUGACUGUUACAUGGAGGACCUGAAAAAGAUCUGUUAUCACAGGGAGCUGAAUGUGCAAACAGCUCUGAAGUUUGUUCAUACCUCUUUUCAUGGAGUUGGACAUGACUACGUGCAGUUGGCUUUCAAAGCAUUUGGCUUCCAGCCUCCCAUUCCAGUACCUGAACAGAAAGAUCCAGAUCCAGACUUCUCCACUGUCAAAUGCCCAAAUCCUGAAGAAGGGGAAUCUGUGCUGGAGUUGUCACUGAGGCUUGCAGAGAAAGAAAGUGCUAGAGUAGUAGUGGCCACUGAUCCAGAUGCAGAUAGACUAGCGGUGGCAGAACAGCAGGAGAAUGGGUGCUGGAAGGUGUUCACUGGCAAUGAACUAGCAGCUUUGUUUGGGUGGUGGAUGUUUUCAUGCUGGAAAGAAAACUGCUCUGAAGAUGCUGAUGUGAAGAAUGUUUACAUGUUGGCGACCACAGUCUCCUCGAAGAUUUUGAGGGCAAUUGCACUUAAAGAAGGAUUUCACUUUGAAGAAACACUCCCUGGAUUUAAAUGGAUUGGAAGUAGAGUGAAAAAUCUCAUAGAUAAUGGAAAAGAAGUUCUCUUUGCAUUCGAAGAGUCUAUUGGCUUCAUGUGUGGCACAUCAGUGUUGGAUAAAGACGGUGUAAGCGCGGCUGUGGUCACAGCUGAGAUGGCAACCUACUUGGAGAGCCAGAACCUCACACUAGCACAGAAACUCAUUGAGAUAUAUGAAACGUAUGGCUACCACAUAUCAAAGACUUCCUAUUUCUUGUGCUAUGAUCCUCCUACUAUCAAAAGGAUAUUUGAGAGACUUCGGAACUUUGAUGCUCCUCAGUCUUAUCCCAAACUUUGUGGCAUUUACAAUAUCUUACAUGUACGAGAUGUCACCACAGGCUAUGACAGCAGCCAGCCAAAUAAGAUAUCGGUGCUGCCAGUGAGUAAAAGCAGUCAGAUGAUCACUUUUACCUUCCAAAAUGGUUGCGUUGCCACCCUUCGGACAAGUGGGACAGAACCAAAGAUCAAGUACUACGCAGAGAUGUGUGCACUGCCUGAGCAGAGUGACAGAAACGUGCUGGAAGAAGAACUUCAGAAGCUGAUUGAAGCUUUGAUUGAGAAUUUUCUUGAGCCUGAUAAGAACGGACUGAUCUGGCGCUCGGCUUAGAUCUCCUGGCCCUGGUGUUCAGAGCAGUGACCCUCUGCCCUGUGUCAUAAAGGAACCAAGAACACAACUCAGUUUAAUACGUGUGUGUGUUAAACAGCUAUGGCUUUAUUCUAUGAAGGAGCAUUCUUUUGUCAGGCUUUUCACCAAAGGUGGGGCUGGAAAACUGGGAUAAGGAGAGGAGGUGAGAGAAAAGGAUGGAAUUUCUUACUACGGUUUUCUGUCCUUUUGACCAAAAGGCUUAGUUAACCUGCACCAAUGCAGGUGAACUGCCCUCAUAGGUUUAAGGAAGAUCUUAGCCACUAGAUCGUGUCUUAAACUCAUUUCAGGUACCAAAUAGCUUUUGUGUGAAAAGGUUUUAUAAUCAGAUAGUCACUUAAAGGAAGCAAUUGCUCCAACCUGACAAAGAAGCCUGUUUCUUCCUAGCUGUUGUGUGUGAGUGUAGGUAUCAUUACCGCUCUUCAUUUCCCAACAAGUGGAAGUAGAGUUCAGUGCUUUGCAUUCCUUGUUUAGGCAAGUUGUUCAAUAUGACCUUUUUCAGCUACUGAAGUAACUUUCUGUUGUUAAAGGUGCUCUUGGUGCGCUGUAACUUCCCUGUGUGUAUCUUAAAAUAUUUACUCAACGGUGUAACAAUAGUGGCAACACAGAGAGUUCCACUUGCAGGCUGGGUUUGAAUUACACAGUGCUUCCAGAGGGGUAGAAACUUACUCAUUCCUUGGUUAAAUUGCCCAUUGUAACUACUUUGCAACCACUUUCUUUUGGCCUAUGUCUCUGUAGGGAGAGAGAGACCUUAAACCUUUUAGUAAAGGUGUCAGAAAUCCAGGAAGUUUGACUGAUAAUUCCAAUUAGUGACUUUUUGGGGGGUUUAUGGCUUGAAUUCAUAUUGUCUAUGUAUUAAAAAAGGAAUGGACACAGAGGUGAGAUCCUGACACCAUCAUAUUUUCUUUUCUAGUUACUAAACUGUUACUUUCUGGCGCAUCUUGUAAGCUAAUUUCUGUUACAACAGCAGUUGCAAAUACUAUUCAUUAUAUUUUAAGGCAUAUUUCUAACAACUUCCCAUCUGUUUCCUACCUUUGCUUGAGUAAAGUGAUACAGCUAAUCCCUUUUCCACCCCAAACAGGCCAAUACAGAAGUUCUCGUGGAUAUAGCUAGGAUUUCAGAAAGUAAAAGCCACAUUUUGGCACGGAAAAGCCAUGGAAGAUACUUUAACUGAAGCAAUGCUCCAAGGAAAACUGGGUAUUGAUUAACUGAGAAUAUAAUACUUAUUAAUGUGUCCUAAAUUGCUAUAGAAGCCUCCAGAAUAAAGUCAGUAUGUUCUGGAUAUCUCCCUGCUAUCACUUCACAGUAAAAGAAGUAGAUAAACUCAACUCUUAAGGGCUCUAUCGAAGGUUAUGUGAGAAGAACCUAAGAUGCACUUAACUUAAAGCUCUCGUCUUGCCACUGUUGUUAAAUCUCUCCAUUUGUCCUCUCUCUUAUUAUACCCUUACAGCUGGAUGCCACAGCGUUGUGCAGUGGGUUUGUGUGUGUCACAUUUACACAGCUCCAAAGAGCACCAGAGGUUCCAUGUUGGGUAUUUCAUGCUGACAGCAGCUUUGCACUAUAACCGUGGAGAAGUAUUUUUGCUGUAUAUGAAUGUACAUGUACUGCAGGGGGUCUGUGUUGCACAAAUUCUUGUUGGCCACUGAUAUUUAUUUAUUACUUUCAGAGGAAAUGCUUCCAAAUUGUUCUGCAAUGGAGUGAGAUGUAUCUAAUGCCAAAAAACUUUGUUGGUUUUCUUUCCUUGGCUGUACAUUUGACUGAUGGGGGGGAACAGGGUGAAUGCAUUUACGCUUAGAGCAUCCUCAUGUUGUUGUACAGUGCUUGGUAGGUGUCAGGAGGUAUGAAGGCAUUUCUGACUGCUGCUUUGGCUUCAGCUUUCCCAUAAAGGUGCAGAUCUGGAUCCCAACUGCACUGAAGUUGAAGGAGGACUCAUCAUUCCUUCCAGUGGCAGCAGAGUAAAGCCUUGGGCGGUUUGGAUUUGUUCUUAAAUAGGCUUUUAGUAAUACAGAAGAGAACAAGUGACUUAGAACAUAGGUUUGAACAAAGGUAAACACUGUAAAAAGCAUAGUGUGUGUGUGUAAGGCCAGCUCUGUGUGUAUUGUAGUAGUUAGCAAUAGGAGUUAUGUCUUGAGUUACGUUGAUGCUCCUACAAAGAGCAGGAACCUGCAACUUCCUCCAGGGAUCUGCUUUCUAUCAGUAGGCAAGCGUUACAAAUGCAGUAUGGAAGCAAAUUGUGCUUAUGUUUUCCAAUCAACAUUCUUAGAAGUUGGUAACUGUUCAUAGUUUAAAUAUCUUUAAUAAUAAAGGCAAAUACAGGGAGUUUAGUACCUGGGAUUCUUCUUGUCCAUAGGUUUGAGCAGUGAGUUAGAGACGUAGUAGUGCUUCGGGAAUGACAGCAACAGGCACAACGUGUUGAAUGUAUUUAAGGGUAUAAUAACUAUUGCUGUUUUUAAACUGCUGCUACCAUUGUUUUUCCUACUGUAUUUGAACUGUUUGAUAUAUUUAUACUGUUCCAUUUGUGGAACUCCUCCUUUUUCUCCUCCCUCUGAUCUUGCUUCCCUUCUGUUAUGUGAAGUUCUGUAGUUCUCUUACUUCUAACUUUGUUCUACAUCGUGUUGGAGUUUGCUGGGCUCGUGCACAACCUUCUUUCAGUUGUCAGCUCUUCUUUACUGCUUUCCAGGUAAGAACAAAGGCUUUCCAGGCUUGAGUAGGAAGCAGGUAACAGAUCAAAGUACACUGUGGAUGUUGUUUAUUAGGAGCUUCCAAUUAAAAUAUGCCUCUUCAGAGGCUGGUCUGCAGCCAGUCAUUGGCUUUAACUGUGCUUGUACAGCAAUGACUUGGGUGUAGCAUUUGAUGAAGUUAGGAGAGCUCAGGUUUGCCCUUUCCCUUCUUGAUGUGACAGGUUUAAUCUCUGUCUCACUCAGAUUCAUGAUGAAGUUGUUUCCCUGGGCCUAGGACAGGACAUCUGUAAGCACAGGGCUACCAGGCAGGGUUGAACAUCUAUAGUACAGAGCUUGUAGCUGAAUGUUUUAUUCUAGUUGUGAUAUAGUGUCCAGUGUGUGGCUUAAAUACCUUCAAGUGCUAUUCAUGUGUGUCCUGCACCUCUAGAGGAUGCUUCCUGCCGCAGCACGAGUAAAUCUCAACUCCUGCGUGGAAGAGGAGGAGGGAGCGUGUUUAACACAGGGUGAGUUUGACUGGAAGCUUCAAGCACAACUUGAGCUAUAGCCCAAAGUCUUGUAGCCCCUGCUCUGUGUCCUGGUGCCCAUCCAAGUGAUGGGUCAGUCCUGCUUCUCUUGCCCUUCACUUCCCUUGCACCCAGCAGGAUGCACCUCCAAGGAGCCAGGUUUCCCUUGGGCUGGGAUCUUGCCUGAGGAGGUCUCCUUAUUUCCUGAACUCUUCCUUCUAAGGAGGGGAAAUACUUAUUUGUGUCAUCCACAGAGUAAGUUAAGAACUAGAAUUUGAAGUGUUUCAGAUGUCGAGGUGAGUUACAACAUGCAGUACACACUGCCUGGGCUGCUUUACCUGCCUUGGGUGGUGCUUGGCUGAUCUUGAGCAGCUCCUAUAGCUCUUGUUGGAGGAUACCUGUGUGGUGAGAUUCCUGGUGUUACUCCCUGGUGUGUAGCAGAACUCGGGAAGCACUUUGUGUCCCUGCUUUCUCUGGCUCCCAAAGCAUUGGGGAUUUCACCUCCUGUUUUAUUAAAGGGAGUGGAGUGAAACUACCAGAGUAUUGAGGGAGAAGGCAUGAGGUGGAGUGAUGGUUUCUGUCCUAUAGGACAUGGUGGAACGUGUGGUCUGCUUUGGAAAGCACUUGGAUCUUUAAUCUGAAAACCAAUAGUCAUCACUUCAUCUUCCCCCCUUUUUGCCCUCUCCCUAAGUAAGAGUUGGGGCUUUUUGCAUGGUGAUGCCUUGUUGGUUAGAGAGACCCAGGACAUUCCCCAUCCUCCCCUUUGCUCCAGAGUAGCUUUGUACAAAGGUGAUUGAAGUAUCUGAAGCUGCAUCGUUCUCCUUGUCUAGAAUCCUGGGCAGUUCUGGGUCUGUGCUCUUGUUUACCCAGUUCCUGUUCUGUAAAACUAAGAGUACUCCAACUACAGAGUGAGGAUUUGCACUUUGCUGAACAUUUCUGUGUGUUGCUCUGUGGAUUCAGCUCAAUGAAGUGUUACAAGUAAUAAAAUCUUCUCUUCGUAGUAGCAAUCCUG